AUGGCCAUGACCACUACAUUCACUAUUCAGGAGAAUGCGGAAGACCUGCAAUUUCUUGCCGGUAGCAAUUACAACCUCCAGGUCGCAAAAGCUGUAUCUUCUCCUGGUGGCAAGCCCACGUUCAACGUGGUUUACAAGUCGAAGAGCCUUGCACCAAACAUUUCUGUUUCGUGGUCUCCAACGUAUGGCCUCAACUGGUCCAGGAAGAGGGCAAAUCCUGGCGCCAAGGUGCUCUACGCCGGAAAUUGGCAAGCGUGUGACCUUGGUCAAUCCUAUGAUUUGACAAAAGUUGGUGAAUGGGUCAUCAACAAUAACGACACCAACAGGGACCCGAAUUCUGUAAAUGUGGGAAACAACGGCUACCCCGAAGCGGUGAAUAUCGUCGUGGGAAUUCUGAAUCCAGAGACGCAGAAAUGGGAAGCAAUCUUCGUCAGCGAAGACCAGUUGCCGCCACAGGGCUUCGGCGAAUAUCAGCCGAGAGAGGAAGUGGCACUGUGGUACCAGGAGGAGAUUCGAACGGAAACAAUGAUGUCGCAUCAAUCUACCAAGGUUGAAAAAUUCGACAUGACAGGCAAGGCUCUGCAGUAUUUCUGGUAUAGAGCUGUCUCGGGAGAGUGGGAGAACUCGCCCACCUCGUUCCCAUUUGAUGCAUAA